UCACAUAGACACACACACACACUCUUGCUCACAGUGUCAGUGAGAGAGAGAGAGAGAGAGAGAGCAUUUCUGAAUUCUCAUCAUCAUCAUCAUCAUCAUCAUCAUCAAUGGCUUUCUCUUCUUCCUCUAGGCUUGACCACUUCAACAUCAUCUCUGCAUUCAAACCUCAAAAUUCCAUUCUCCCACCAUCACUCAAACCUUCCUCGUACCUCCCCUCUUCUUCCUUCAAAUUUCGAAACCUGCUUCCAUUCAGAAUCCGCUAUGCUUCAACCAUCAGAGCCACUUCUUCAUCGUCAUCACCCUCUUCUCCUUCCACCACCAUUGACCAAUCUGAUGAUGGCAUUAAGAUUAAUUCGAUUCCAACCAAACCCAUCGAAGGACAAAAAACUGGUACCAGUGGGCUGAGAAAGAAGGUGAAAGUGUUUAUGGAAGAAAAUUACCUUGCGAAUUGGAUCCAGGCACUGUUCAAUUCAUUGCCUCCAGAAGAUUACAAGAAUGGUGUGUUGGUGUUGGGAGGUGAUGGUCGAUACUUUAAUAAGGAAGCUGCGCAGAUAAUAAUCAAAAUCGCUGCUGGAAAUGGUGUUGGAAAAAUUCUGGUUGGAAAGGAAGGUGUAUUGUCAACACCAGCCGUCUCUGCUGUUAUAAGGAAGAGGAAGGCAAAUGGUGGAUUUAUUAUGAGUGCAAGCCAUAAUCCUGGUGGGCCUGAAUAUGAUUGGGGUAUUAAGUUUAAUUACAGUAGUGGGCAACCUGCACCAGAAUCCAUCACUGACAAGAUCUAUGGAAACACCCUAUCUAUAUCUGAGAUAAAGAUUGCUGACAUUCCUGAUGUUGACUUAUCAAAUGUUGGGGUCACCGAGUUUGGAAGCUUCAGUGUGGAAGUAAUAGACCCAGUUUCUGAUUAUCUGGAGCUAUUGGAGACAGUAUUUGAUUUUCAGCUAAUCAAAGGCCUUCUUUCACGGCCAGAUUUUAGGUUUAUAUUUGAUGCCAUGCAUGCAGUUACUGGUGCUUAUGCAAAACCCAUCUUUGUUGAUAAACUGGGUGCUAGUCCGGAUUCAAUUUUAAAUGGAAUCCCUUUGGAGGAUUUUGGACAUGGUCACCCUGAUCCUAAUCUAACAUAUGCAAAGGAUCUUGUCAACAUUUUGUAUGCUGAAAAUGGACCUGAUUUUGGAGCUGCCAGUGAUGGUGAUGGUGACAGAAAUAUGAUUUUAGGAAGAAGUUUCUUUGUAACUCCUUCAGACUCUGUAGCAGUUAUUGCAGCCAAUGCAAAAGAAGCUAUUCCGUACUUCAAGAACGGUGUUAAUGGUCUUGCUCGAUCAAUGCCCACAAGUGGUGCUCUGGAUCGUGUUGCUGAAAAAUUGAACCUCCCCUUCUUUGAGGUCCCUACUGGUUGGAAAUUUUUCGGCAAUCUUAUGGAUGCUGGGAAAUUGUCAAUUUGCGGUGAAGAGAGUUUUGGAACCGGCUCUGACCACAUUCGUGAGAAAGAUGGCAUCUGGGCUGUAUUAGCUUGGCUUUCUAUUAUUGCACACCGCAACAAAGACAAGAAACCAGAAGAGAAAUUGAUCUCUGUAUCUGAUGUCAUGAUGGAGUACUGGGCAACUUAUGGAAGAAAUUUCUUUUCUCGAUAUGACUAUGAGGAAUGUGAAUCUGAAGGGGCCAAUAAGAUGAUAGCUUACUUACGAGAAACUGUGUCUAAUAGCAAGCCUGGUGAUAAGUAUGGAAGUUAUGUCCUCCAGUUUGCAGAUGAUUAUACAUACACUGAUCCUGUUGAUGGAAGUGUGGUAUCGAAACAAGGGGUUCGGUUUGUUUUCACAGAUGGCUCGAGGAUUAUUUAUCGUUUAUCAGGAACAGGUUCUGCUGGUGCAACUGUUAGAGUGUACAUUGAGCAGUUUGAAGCAGAUGUCUCUAAGCAUGACGUUGAUGCUCAAAUUGCCUUAAAACCUUUAAUAGAUUUAGCAUUAUCCGUGUCAAAGCUCAAAGAUUUUACAGGGAGGGAGAAGCCUACAGUCAUCACAUAAUGUACAAAACCACUUCCCACAAUCAGCUAUCAAGUUGUCACGUAUCAAGAUGCACUCUAAGUUGAGUGUCUCUGUUACGCCUAAGAGCUCGAGUUCGGUUUGUCAAUUUCAUUUUUGAUUUUUCAAGCAUUUUGGAGCUAUAGGUUCUCUGUAAAAUAUAGCUAUUGAUAUUUAUGUGCAAAAAAUGAAGAAUCUAUGUGUAACAAAAUAAGAAUAGUGGUAGCUGUAAAAGUAGCUAAUCUUUUCAAAGUUUUGUCAAAUUUCUUAAUUGAGAAACUGUAGUCACAUCUCAACAAGAAUAACAAUUUGGCACAUGCUAUUAAUUCAUCUAAUUAUAAAGUGAAUCAACCUGUUCCCGUC